CACCAUGCGCUGUUCGUGCCUUGAAGAUUGAUCUGGGUUUUGUCGAAAUGAGCUUUCUCCGAAUUUCACGUAAAGUCAAAUAUCAACUCUAACGCCCGCUACCCCAUGUUGUAACCCAGGCCGCGAUGGUAAGUAUCAGAGUCGUUCUGUACGCCUUAUGGGACUAUUCUGGAUCUAUCUCCGAAGGGACUUGCCCUAUGCUAUAUCAAAAUCCCCUUUACUUCUUCUCACUACCCACCCCUCCAUCCUUUAACCGACGUCUGUGCCACAUCCUAUCCACACUCCAUCACUUGGAAAGCGAUAUCACUAAUUCAUUUUCAAAUGAUCAUAACUGCACAUUACUUCUUCGAAAACCACAACCAUGCAAAUUCUAGCAUAUUUCAGAUACCGUCGUUCCGGGACGAGAAACCCCAAGCCUCCUCCUCAAGCUUCCAGCCAUGUACAAGAGCCUAUGCCACAGUCCCCAGCCGCAGUUGGUCCGACUACUUAUAGCGCUCCCAUGAAGUUCACCCCCAUCGAGCUAGAAAAUCAACACCUUCUUCAAUUCACGCAAACUAUGGCAGAAGAGAGAAUGAGAGAGGAGGCCCUCGCCAGCCAAAUCGUCGAGGCCGCCUAUCGAGAGAAAUAUGGUGAUCAGUGGCAUCUCCAUCUUCAAAGUCAGCCCCCGACACUCCAGAUCAGGCGCAAACCCGUUCCCUUCAGCCAGUCAACCUCUCGAGACACUAGCCCCGGUGCCACGUCCCACUAUAGCGGCACUACGAUGCAUAAGCCAUCUGAGGGAUCGCAGUUGAACACACCGAGUCCCAGCUCCAGUAGAUCCGGCCCCCAAAGCCCUCUGCGAAGCGAAGCCAGCAGUAGCCAGACAGAACCUUCUGCAUCAUCUGUCGACGGGAGCAAUCACUUGCAUGUGGUCAACGCCAGAAACCCCUCGCAGUCUUAUGCCGCAGUAUGGCCUGUCAGCUACGAUCCUCCACCAUACACUCCCCACCGACCUCUUUCCGUCAUCUCAGAGGAAGGCACAGGUCAAACUGUAGCUCAGCAAACACUCCUUCUCGCAGCUCAAAAGCAGUUUGUGCCUGCGGCCAUGAAUAAUAAAAAGAAGCUGAAGAACUUACCAGCUCCCUUGAGCCAUCUAACUCGAGGAACAAUGCGGAAGAGAGCGGCGGGUACUUCGAAAUAGGGUGGAAGGGGAAUAGGUAGGAGAACCACACAACUCAAAGGAGCGAAAGUCAGGAUAUGGUGGAGUAGUAUUCAUAAAUACUUAGUAAAUUGCAUAUUUGUUUGUAGAAG